GUCUGGAGCAGAGCUUCGAGAAAGUGACAAGCCAGGAGGCUGAGGAGCGAGGGAGGCCAGCGAAGGCAGCCUACCGCCCGCCCGGAGGCCGACGAGGGGAAGGAGGGAGAGGACGGGCGAGCGAAAGCCCGUUCCAGCCACCGGGCUCGGGAUUCCUGGAUGUUGGAGUAGCGAGGAGGGACGAGAAGCCGGCUCAGGAAUGCAGCGGCGGCUCCAUCCGGGCAGCUGGAAAAGGAGCCCUUUCCUGCUCCAGCUGCUCCUGUGGCUGCACAGCCGGAGCCUGGCCGAACCCGCAGCGCCAGGAACAAAUGUGUCAGCUACCGCUGAUUUAAUACCUACGUCACAUUGGAACAUGACAAAUGAAGUAGAUAAAGAUUAUUUCUUAACGCUUGAUGAGCCAAUGAACAAUAUCACCACUACCCUGGGUCAGACCGCAGAACUGCAUUGUAAGGUUUCUGGUAACCCUUCUCCGACUGUGCGUUGGUUGAAAAAUGACGCUCCUGUUGUGCAGGAACCCAGGAGGAUAUCCUUUCGUGCCACAGCUUAUGGGUCCCGAUUACGAAUAAAAAACCUCGAUACCACAGACACCGGUUAUUUUCAGUGUGUGGCGACAAAUGGCAGGAAAACAGUCUCUACAACUGGGGUGUUAUUUGUGAAAUUUGGUCCACCUCCAACAGCAAGCCCAGGAACAUCGGAUGAAUAUGAAGAGGAUGGAUUUUGUCAACCAUACCGGGGAAUUGCAUGUGCAAGAUUUAUUGGAAAUCGAACCAUUUAUAUGGAAUCUCUGCAUAUGCAAGGAGAAAUAGAAAAUCAAAUAACUGCUGCCUUCACAAUGAUUGGAACUUCCAGUCAUUUAUCGGAUAAAUGUUCGCAGUUUGCUAUUCCAUCGCUGUGCCAUUAUGCUUUCCCAUAUUGUGAUGAGACCUCUUCUGUUGCAAAACCACGAGAUCUGUGCCGGGAUGAGUGUGAGAUUCUGGAAAAUGUGCUUUGCCAAACUGAAUACAUAUUUGCAAGAUCCAAUCCUAUGAUUUUGAUGCGGUUGAAGCUGCCGAAUUGUGAAGAUCUUCCCCAGCCUGACAGUCCUGAGGCUAUCAACUGUAUCCGUAUUGGCAUCCCUAUGGCAGAUCCAAUCAAUAAAAAUCACAAAUGUUUCAACAGCACAGGAAUGGACUAUCGAGGGACCAUCAGUGUAACCAAAUCUGGACGACAGUGCCAGCCGUGGAACUCCCAGUAUCCCCACACCCACACAUUCACUGCUGUCAGGUACCCAGAGCUGAAUGGAGGCCAUUCCUAUUGCCGAAACCCGGGCAAUCAGAAAGAGGCACCCUGGUGUUUCACCUUAGAUGAAAAUCUCAAGUCCGAACUUUGUGACAUCCCCGUCUGUGAUCCAAAGGACUCCAAGGAAAAGAAUAAAAUGGAAAUUCUUUAUAUAUUGGUACCCAGUGUUACAAUUCCUCUAGCUAUUGCCUUAUUGUUUUUCUUCAUCUGCAUUUGCCGAAAUAACCAGAAAUCAUCUUCUCCACCCGUGCAAAGACAGCCUAAGCAUGUCAGAGGGCAGAACGUAGAGAUGUCUAUGCUCAAUUCAUAUAAACCAAAGAGCAAAGCCAAAGAGCUGCCCCUUUCUGCCGUCCGAUUUAUGGAAGAAUUGGGUGAAUGUGUUUUUGGAAAAAUCUAUAAGGGACAUCUUUACUUACCAGGAAUGGACCAUGCUCAGCUAGUCGCAAUAAAGACCCUUAAGGACUGUAAUAAUCCACAGCAGUGGGCAGAAUUCCAGCAAGAAGCCUCGCUGAUGGCAGAAUUACAUCACCCAAACAUCGUUUGCCUUCUUGGGAUUGUGACACAAGAGCAACCAGUCUGCAUGCUUUUUGAAUAUAUGAACCAAGGAGACCUCCAUGAAUUUCUUAUUAUGCGAUCUCCACAUUCAGAUGUUGGAUGUAGCAGUGAUGAGGAUGGUACGGUAAAAUCCAGUUUGGACCAUGCUGAUUUUCUGCACAUAGCUGUUCAGAUUGCAGCAGGAAUGGAAUACUUGUCGAGUCAUUUUUUUGUCCAUAAGGAUCUGGCUGCUCGCAAUAUUUUAAUUGGAGAACAGCUCCAUGUGAAGAUUUCUGAUUUGGGACUGUCAAGAGAAAUCUAUUCAGCCGAUUAUUACAGAGUUCAAAAUAAAUCCCUCCUGCCCAUUCGUUGGAUGCCACCAGAGGCAAUUUUAUAUGGAAAAUUCUCUUCUGAUUCAGACAUCUGGUCCUUUGGUGUUGUCUUGUGGGAGAUUUUUAGUUUUGGUCUUCAGCCCUAUUAUGGAUUUAGUAACCAAGAAGUCAUUGAGAUGGUCAGGAAACGACAGCUUUUACCAUGCUCUGAAGACUGCCCUCCCAGAAUGUACAGCUUGAUGUCAGAAUGCUGGCAUGAGCUACCAUCUAGGAGACCAAAAUUCAAAGAUAUCCAUGCCAGACUGCGCUCUUGGGAAGGGAUAUCAAGUCAUACUAGCUCUACUACUCCUUCUGGUGGAAAUGCUACCACUCAAACUACAUCUCUCAGCGCAAGCCCAGUUAGCAACCUAAGCAAUCCCAGGUACCCUAACUACAUAUUUCCAGCACAAAGUAUGCCACAGGGCCAAAUAACUGGAUUUCUUGGCCCACCAAUACCUCAAAACCAGCGAUAUAUUCCUAUUAAUGGAUAUCCGAUACCUCCUGGAUAUGCUGCGUUUCCAGCUGCCCACUAUCAACCUGCAGGUCCACCAAGGGUCAUUCAACACUGUCCUCCACCCAAAAGUCGUUCACCAAGCAGUGCAAGUGGAUCAACAAGCACCGGUCAUGUGACCAGCUUGCCUUCUUCAGGAUCUAAUCAGGAUGCCAAUAUCCCCUUGCUGUCUCAUAUGUCAGUGCCAAAUCAUCCAAGUGGGAUUAGCAUAACCGUUUUUGGAAACAAGACUCAAAAACCCUACAAAAUUGACUCCAAACAACCAUCUUUAGAUUCUAGUAUUCAUGGGCAUAAUGAAACUGUGAUUUCAGCAGAGAUGUAAUAAAUAAGGGAGACCUUUGUAAAUGAAUCUAUUUACAAUAUGAACUAGAGGGUUUUAGAGAUUUAUAUUCAAAUAUUUUAUUGGAGAUUUUUUCCAGCUGUAUAAAGAGGUGUUUGCAAUAAGUAUCUUCUGUGAAGUUCUUAACAGGAAGUGCCAUUCAAUUUUUAAAAAAUGUACUAACACUCAACACUGUGGCUGCAAAUUUAUUUUACAAAUAGUAAAGGACAAAAGUAUUUCUGUGUUUUAAGAAACAUUUAAUCAUGGGUUUUUUUAAGUGAAAUGUUUUAUGUUUCAGCAGUUUGACUAUUUUGAACACAUGGUGAUGAAAUGUUAGGAAAAUUAAUUAUACUUCUGUAGGAUGAAAAUUUCACUAUUGGUCUCACGCUAUACCCAAAUGCAUAUUCCAUUAAGCCAGAACAGUGUUUCUCAACCUCAGCUGCUCCCAGAAUUCUCCAGCCAGCAUAUCGACACCUCUUAAAACUUGCUGAGGUUGAAAAAUCUUGAGUCAGACUACAACCAAACGUACUGCUGAAUUCAUACCAUACAAUACACUAAACUAAAUUUGUGAAGUGUUUCUUGAUUAAGCCACAGUUGCCUGGGUUCACACAAAAUAUUAAGGCAUAAGCUAGGAUUUACAAACCACAAACUAGAGUUCAAAAAUACUUCACAUACCGUAUUUUUCAGAGUAUAAGGCGCACCUUUUUCCCCCCUAAAAGAGGCUGAAAAUUUGGGUGCGUCUUAUACUCCGAAUGUAGCUUUUUCGAAGCUUUUUUUCAGCCCUAACGAGGCACUAACGAGACACUAGCUAGCGAUCUUCCCAGCUUUGCCUGCUCCCUCAACUCUCCGCUGUGCUUUAACAAGGUGCUAGCAAGUGAAGCGAUCUCCAUGCUUUGCUCCGACUCUCAGCUGUUCUUUAGAAGCUUUUUUUCAGCCCUAACUAGGCACUAGCCAAGUGAAGUGAUUUCCCCACCCCUCUUUGCCUGCUUUUCUCAUUGCUGCUUCCUCUCCGCUGUGCCUUAGAAGCUGUUUUUUUAUUCCCCAAGCAGGGGAUAAAAAACCAGCAAAAUAAUGUGCUGAAGCUGACCAGACUAAGGACACUAGCCAGAUGAGUAUCUGAUAGGCAGAUUUUUUUUUCCUAUUUUCCUCCCCAAAAACUAAGCUGCGUCUUAUACUCCGGUGCAUCUUAUACUCCGAAAAAUACGGUACUUACUUUGUGUGUUGUCUGAAUUAAUCCAUUGGCAGAGUUCACAUUGUGAUAAACCACAAUGGUUUUGUGAUUUUUGGCUUAGACAUUGAGGUUUCUAAAUGCCAUGGCUUAGCAUUAUGUGGAUUUAGAUCAGUGAAGCUUGUUUAACAAAUUAAACCAACAGUGUUUCAAGGCUGCCAGUGACUAGCUUCACAUGCUAAACCAUAAUGUGGUUUACAUUGACUUAUAAAUAGCCCUCAAGUUACAAUCGUUCAUUCAAUAGCCAUUUAAACAUGUGACAGCACUGAACAAAGGGGACUUACAAUGUGUCUUCAGAAUUCUGGCCAUUGCAGCACCCCUCCAAUCACAUGAUAGCAAUUUCCAAUAUUCCCUGCCAGCUUCCCCGCAAGCAAAGUCAGUGGGGAAGCCAGCAGGAAGUCAGAAGUUGCAGUCAUGUAAGGCUCUCACUUAGUGGCCCACAUGAUUCUCAUUUAACAAUGACAACUGGGACUGUCACUAAGUCAUGCAGUCACAUGACAUCAUUCUUUAUGACCACCUCACUUAAUAUUGGCAAUUUUAGUCCCCAUUGCUAUUGUAACCCAAGGGCAACCUGUAUUCUGUAUUUGAAUCCAGGCACUAUAUUGUGUAAAUCAUGUUUUUAAUAUUGGGUUGACAUUCCCCAAUUUGGACCUUUUUCAACUAUGAUUAAUGAAAUAAUGAUUUAGUACGAUAGCUAAAUCAGGCCAAUGACAAGUAUCAUUUUUAUCCCAUGCUUUGAUACUUAUGGCACAGUCAUCUGAUUUUUGUUUUUUCUUCUAGGCAUCCAUAUUAGAAAUUAAAACGGUAUGCAAUAUCAAACAUGUAUUCAAUUAUGCUUUGCCCAUGCUAAGCAUAACGUGUUUUUAGGGAUUUUUCCCAGCAAUUUGUAGUCACUGGUUUGUGAAUUUUGGACGUAUGAUCUGUGAACCUAGUCAUCCCGUUUGCCCUUGUUAGAUAAAUUAUUUUCAAAAAACAGUCUCUAAUGAUAAAUCUACAACCAUUUAUAAAACUCAAAAUGAAUAAUUUUGUAUUAAGAAAUGUGUUCAUAGCAGAGUAAAGCAAAUAAGACAUUUAAAAAGAAAAACCUUCAUGAAACCACAUACAUUAAAUGAAUGAAAAAUAUAUUUCUUAAUUUUAUAUCUGUAGUUGCAAUAGAAUUUUGUAUCCUUUUGUUGCUAUGCAACCCUUUAAUUAAAUAUUUCAAUUCUUAUUUUAUAAUAAACAGACAAUCAGUUUUCCCAGUAAUAUUUAUUAUUUCAAUUAAAUCAGUAGCUUUUCUAGUGUUAUCCCUGAAAUUCUACAUUCCAUUAGAUGUACACAAUAAUUUUAUAGAAAUUGCCUAUAAUUUUUGUAUGUCAUUUCAAAUAAUGUGAAUUAGAAUUAUUUUUUACUAGAAAAUAUGGCCUUUGUGUUAUUGAAAUUUAUGCAGAUAUAAACUAUCAGAAUAAUUUGAAACCACUGUAAAAUUGUAUAAAUUACAGCUUCUUGGAAGUUUUUAAAAUUUGAACAGAUUUUGAAUGGUUGAGGUACACCAUCUUUCAGACACUUGACGUAAUUUUCUUCUUUUUGCACAAAAAUGUUUUUGUAUAGCAGAAUUGAAAAUACAUCUUGCUUUUCAUUUUUUUGGUUUAUUUCUCUUUUUUUUCAUUAAUGAAGAUGUCUUGAAAUAUAGAGUGACUUGAGGAACCAUUUUGAUUUUAUUUGGUUAUUUUCACUGCAUGCGUUUAUUUACUGUAUUACUUUAUAGAUUGUUUUCAUUAAGUUUAUUGCACUAAAGCAUGAAUGUGUAAUAAGACAUGGCUAUUUUAUACAGACAUUAAUUGCAUUUUUGUAUCUUGGACACUAGAGUAACAUUAAACACUGAUUAUUUUAAACCA